CGUUUUUACAAAUUUUGCACGUUAAAUCCAAUAAUCGGUAAAGCCUUAACUUCCCGAGCCACUUUUCAUUCGCGCAUUUGGCGCACCUCUCAACUUGGUUGUUGGGUGCAAAAAGCUCCGUGGUAGACAACUUUAAAUUGGCGCUGGAUAAUAUUACUGGAGGAUCAACCAACUUGUUGCUUGAGGACUGAGAGCAUUCAUUGACUGAGAGUUGAAGACAAGAGCCCACAAUGGCUGCUACCAACGGCCAUGGAAGCAGACCAGCAAGUAGCAGGACGCUGAAGCCACCACCCAAAAAUCCAUCUGGGUCAACCAAUAGUAAUGGUUGCGCCAAUUCCAAGGGACUGGUGGCGUUGUUGGUUAGUCUGGUCAUUUUCACAGUGUUUAUCGAUGUCUACUUCUUGACAUCCAAGGAUUUGAGUUUGUCCAAGUUCAACCUACGCUACCGGCAGCGUCACAACAUGGGAGGACACGGCAAAGUCAGCAAACAUAAUCCCUCAUAUCUGUCGAGAAUGACUUCCAAGCGGAAAUUUGCCUUUCAAGACGAAAACAGUCAACACAAGCUGCCGGUAUUGAAGACACGAAACAAGACGGGACCUCCCUCAGAACAAGUAUUCGGUCGAGCUCCCGUUUUGAAGGUAUUUGCACAAGCUGGGAUACCCCCACUGAACAACACUGUUAUCGAGACACUGCCCACCUGGGAGCAAAUUGUGCGCGUCAUUGGACCCAGACCAGUCAUUGGGGGAUUGGAUACGUGCGAAGCAUUCAAACAAACGGUGCCAGCAGUGGAACGCAUGUUGGGGAGCAGUGGCAUGUUCAAUACUGGCACAAAUCUGGUCACUCAUUUACUCAAGAACAAUUGCAAGAUACCCGAGAGAGUCGAAAAGUAUGGAAUUGAUGCAUCCAGAGAAGCUCAUGGCAUGCGAUGGCAGGUACCAUGGGGCAAGCAUUCCCCAGCAAAAUACAAGGCGGAACACUCCACAGAAAUGGCAAAAGCAAUCAACAAAGAAUGGAUCAUGCCUGUAGUGACGAUCCGGCAUCCAUACAGUUGGAUGCACAGCAUGUGCAAAAAUGGAUACACGGCAAAAUGGCCCCACGGCCGUAAAGGGCAAAAUUGUCCCAAUCUCAAACCACGUGGACAAUGGAAUGAGGUGACCACAAAAUUUGCCAAUGGCCGUACGGAAUACUCGGAUUCACUGGCCCAUCUUUGGAACGAUUGGUACAAAAUGUACAUUGAUGAUGCCAAGUACCCGCGGUUGAUUGUCCGUUUGGAAGACUUGAUGUUUCAUGCCGAAGAGACGACAACCCAAAUCUGCACCUGUGUAGGAGGCAAAAUUCGAAGCGAUCGAAACUUUACCUACAUUUUGGACUCUGCCAAGGCAGACUCUCCAGGUCACGACAAAUCGACAGGUUUCAUUCAGGCAUGGAUCAAGUACUCCAAACCCAUGCCACCGCGAGGGAACUUUCGACCAGAUGACUAUGAAGCUGCCAAGGAAGCCUUGAAUAAAGAUUACAUGCAUAUGUUUCACUACGACCAUCCACCACCAAGCAACGAGCAGGAUGCAAGAUGACGCCAUGAGAACAGCACUCUGAAGCGUAGCAAAGAAACAGGGAAAGCAAUCCCGAGGUAGUCGGUCAAUUUGAGUCGAGUUGUCCCAUCGCACAACAGUAAGGAGGGAAUGCAAUCAUGAUCUCCGUUCCUUUCCUGUGUCUGCUUCCUCUUUGCUACUAGUACACGUAUCGGUAUGCUAUGAACGAGUUGGACAGUACGGUACCGUACGGUAGGAGCGGUCAUGGAAAAAGACACUGAACAGAGCUAUCACCAAGUUUUGAAAGUGGCUCUCUCGUGCUCCCAGUCUAGAAUUGAGGCAGCUCGGAAGCCUCUAUUUAACGAACAGCUGGUGCACUAUGCUAGCAGAUAGAGAGUUGAAUGGUAAAUAGGAAUUUGCUUGUUCCACUU